CGAUAUACGACGCGCGUAGUUUAUUCGCUUUUUCUUUAAGGUCAGUGUUCAACAAGCUCAAGCUCCAGCCUUGUACAGGGUACUUGACCAUGCUGGCCACUGGAUUGUUAAAGCUAUAGUAGUAUGAUAUCCGGAUAUAGACAGGAAGUAAAUGACUCUUCCGAGAACAGGAUCUAUAUGCAAGCAGCCAUAUAUACCAGUUAUGUGGAGUACGAAUGCCCAAAACGUGGACUACAGUCUCCCGACUAUGGGACGAAGACAGACAAAACAAUAAUGGAUCAAGAACCAUCUUACGAAGUUCGAACCCCAAGCCGUUAUGCUACUGGUCCUUGGCCAGUGGUGAAAGGCCCAAUCGACCAAACUGCGGUUCACACCACCCCACUUUCUUACUCACUUCCACCUUUGCAAUGAGUUUCUUCCAAGAAGCCUCUGGGAUCUCAAUUCGACAGGGCACAUUUAACGCCGUUGAGGGAAACCAGACAAACAACAUCUACAGUCACUCUGUUGUUGAGGGGUGGAGGAAGAAACAGGGGAUAUAUGACGAGUUCCCUGACAUCCGACGCGGACUUGUUUACCGAAUGAAGGACGUUGACCACGGAGAUUGCAUCAUUUCCUGGAAUUUCGUGUUACAAAAAUACGAAACGGUUGAAAGAACAAUCAGCACCGCCAAAAUCCAUGGCGACAGCUCAGGCUCAAGGUUUACUGUGGCAUCAUAUAAGGGGCAGAAUGCACAAAAGGC